AUGGAAAACUCUCAUUUACCUGACAAGAAGAGGAAGAGAUCUCCUGACUCCAUCUCCAACAAUGGUGAAGAAGCUCACAACUAUUCUUUCUACAAUCCUUUUUCUGAUAUAUCUUCACCUUCGUUGGACAAUGGUGAUGGCCACAACCACAAAAAGCCGAAAGCUAUUGGCGGUUAUUCGACCCCAUCGCCCCCAUCUAAACCAGCCGGUCGGAUCAAUUCCCCAGCCUUGAAUUCCACUGGUUCCUCUCAAAGUUUCGUGACAUCCACUAGCUCCAAUCCCGUGGUAAUGAAGAAUCUUCCUCUUCCCAGCAAGCUGGAUUUAUCGGCCAGUGGAUUACCAACAACACCAUUGACAGUGGAUACAGUUCAAGAGAAUUCCAACAGUGAAAGAGAUCAGGAUUUUAUGGACUUGGUCUUUGCUAGGGGACGCAGAUUGUUUCAUCGUCCCACAACAAGUGAACUUCUCCAAGACUUUCGGGCACGUCUGCAGCCUAUUCUUCACAAUCGCCUGAGCCAACUGACAAGAAUGGAGCCAACGUUCGAGGUUGGUCUUGAGAUAUCUGAUUCCGCGUAUCUCUUGAAGCUUUUCAAAGGUCAAGAUUCAAAUUUUGAGUUCGAGACCAUUACCCAAAAAGCUGUCAGAGGAGCAGCGCUGUUGCAGCAAGGAGUGAAGCUGGUGAGAGAAGUGCAAGACCAGCUCAAGUUUGCCAUAAAUGAUAAAUCAGUCUCAGUGAACCUAUGA